GCAAUCAGUUUCAAUUUGACAACGACAGAGUAUACUUCCAGUAAUAUUUUAAAUUAAAAAAUGUCAAUAGCUAAUUUUUUUGCAAAUCAGGAGAUUUUUGUUACUGGCGCCUCAGGGUUCAUUGGUAAGGGUCUAAUUGAAAAAAUAUUGCGCUCUUGUCCAAAUGUAGCUGCGGUGUAUGUGCUGUUGCGUCCAAAAAAGGGCAAAUGUAUCGAAGAUCGCCUAGAUGGUAUAUUGAAUUCAAAACUAUUUGAACGUUUGAGAGAAGAGCAACCGCAAAAUUUGCAGAAAGUCCACCCAAUUGCCGGUGAUUGUACUGAAUUGGGAUUGGGUAUAAGUGAAGCCGAUUUGAUGCGAUUGCAGAAUGUGAACAUAAUUUAUCAUUCGGCAGCCAGUGUGCGAUUCGAUGAUCCAUUGCGUGAUGCCAUACUAAUGAAUACACGCGGUACUUAUGAGCUGAUCAAAAUUGCUGAAACCCUCAAGCAUCUUAAGGUCUUUAUGCAUGUUUCCACCACUUAUUGUUAUCCAAACAGACGUGUUGUUGAGGAGAAGUUUUAUCCACCGUAUGCUGAUUGGCGUACAACGAUUAAACUGGCAGAAACUUACAGUACAGAAUCGUUGAACAUCUUAAAUUUAAAAUAUAGCGAUUUCCAACCAAACACCUACACAUUCACGAAAAGUUUAGCUGAGCAAAUUAUCAAAGAGUAUAAGGAUCGUCUACCAUUGGUGAUUUUUCGUCCAUCAAUAGUUGUUUCGUCGAUUGAAGACCCCGUACCCGGCUGGGUAGAUAACUUCAAUGGUCCGAUUGGGAUGCUGGUAGCUUGCGGCAUUGGUAUUUUCCGCACAAGCUGUGGCGAACCGAAUAUUGUUUCAGAUUUUGUACCGGUGGACAUAGUGGUGCGCGCCAUGCUGAUUGCAACCUAUCGUAAGGGUACUGAAGAAAGUCAUAAACAAGAUCCAAAAAUGGAAGUAAUCAAUUGCGCUGCUUCAAAAAUGUGCCCCAUAACGACUGGUGAAGUCAUCGAAAUUGGCACAAAAGUUAUCAAGGAAACACCAUUUGAAAAAACACUAUGGGUACCAGGUGGAAGCAUAACGCGUUGCCCAGUAUGGAAUUUUAUACGAUUCGUUACUCUGCAUGUUUUAGUGGCAAUUUUGGCUGAUUUUGCUUUGCGGUUUACCAACACGAAACCAUUCCUUUUGAAAUUACAACGACGCAUUUACGCUGCUACUUUGGCUUUGCAUUUGUUUGUAACCACAGAAUGGGACUUCCGGUACGAUAAUUUUUACGCUUUGAACUCAUUUGUGCCAGAAUCGGAAGUUGAUCAAUUCGGAUUUUUACAAUAUACAAAUGUGGAUUAUGAACAAUUCUUUCGCAUGGGUAUUCGCGGCGCAAGGGUAUUUUUAUUAAAUGAACCGCCAGAGUGUUCUCAAGGCGCUCUGACACGCAUGAAAAUCUACAAAGCAUUGCACUUCCUAAUUAAAUUAGUUGGAAGUGUACUGAUUCUGCGCUGCUUAGGACGUUUUCUUUAUGCAAAAUUUUAUGCAACAUUCGUAUAGAUCUAAACUGAAAUAUUAAAAGAAAAAUCCAUUUUUAUUAUAAUGCAGCAAAUGCUUAUUAUCAAUAAAUGUUCUUGAAUUUUUAA